AUGUCGCAAGCCCUGAGCUCCUGGACGAAGGCCCUGCAGUUCCUCCAAGCACGCCAAGAUGGCCGAGCCGAGGCCGCAUCCGAGGCUACUGUCCCCGAGGAGGCAGCUACCUUGCUAACGGCGGAGGCGGCAUCACUGACAAGCACGGUGCCGUUGCUUGAGAGUGGCACCACGUCACCGAAGUCGCCGCAGCUGCCUGAGACGCCCCAAGCACCCCAAACACCCCAGGCGACAGCGGCGACAGCGGAGCUGCCGAGCGUGGCGCGCCUUCCUCGCCCCACGUCUCCUUCAAGUCACGUAGACAGCUCCAGCGUGCCGACCCGCAAUCUUGAGCUCAGCGAUCCAAAGAUGGCAACACCCCGCUGUAAGGAGCGCAAUGGAAACGAGGAAGUGGGAGCGCCUCCGCCCCUGUCGCAAGCCCAUUGUCGGACCAGCUUGGAAUCUGACCGCAGCCCGCACACGACGCAGGCCUUGCGCCUUCGUCAGAAACCGUCUGAGUUGAACCUGUCACCAACAGCCUCUUCACCACCAACUGCCCGAAGAGCGAAGGAGGGGAUUCAGUCACCUGCAACUCCUGCAAUCACAUCCGCCGCGGCCUCCCCACAUCUGCGAAGGAUCAGUGGCAGUCCCUCCCCUGCCUUCCGAUCUUCGGACCAGUGCCAGAGUGCAGAGGCAGCACCUCUUACUGGGCUAUCACCAGUGCUACGGUCAAGGCCCAUGCAAGCCUUCGGCUCGCCACCAGCGCUUUCACCGGCCACGUACAAGAAGCUCUUGGAGUUCAACCCAGCCUCUGCAGAGCCUGUGAAGAGCUCCGGCCAGUAUGCAGACCUGCACCGGAGGCGGGUGGAGCUGAGCCACACGCAGAGCACACCGCGGAGGGUGGAUGCGAGGUCGGAUGGGAGGGCGGAUGGGAGGGCUGAGGUGAGGGCCCAGCGGAGCCCCUCACCUCGAUCGCUUCCGUUGGAUGGGAGCCAUGGGAGCCCUGGCGGGCCCAGCCUCGCGGAGAGCUUGGCAGAGCAAGCCCGGGGUAUGGAGAGCUUCCGCGCCGCGUGGACGCGUGUGGGUGAUCUGCAGAUGCGGCACGAGAGCUUUUGGGAGGAUUACCCUGAUGCAGUGCGCACUUUGGACCAGGCGCUUUCAACGUGGCUGGGCUACUCAGGGCUUCCGGCAGUGGAAGAGGGCUUGCGGCGUGCGGAUCUGGAGAAGCCGAAGGCAGUGGAGACCCACUGGGUGCAGAUGCUGCUCUGGCAAGAGGCCGAGAUCAGCCGUCUUCUGGCCGACAACGCGCGCUGGCGUACCCACCUCAAGUUCCAGGAGGCGGCGGGGCUGCGUUCGGACCCGGAGCAGUUGCAAAGUCACUGCGUGUCCCGCCUCAUCCAAGACCUCCUGUCCGUGCCGCCCUUAAAGGCGAGCCCUGAAGGGGCCGCGUCAGCCCAUACCGCGUCAACAGCUUUGUCACCGUCCUUCGACUCACCGCGCUGCCACCUCCAGGAGGACCCGGAUCCCUUCGGUGAGAAAGCCCUGGCUUCCCUUUGCCGGGCCCUGCUGCAGACGGGCACGCUGCCACCCUCAGCGCGCACGGCGCUGCGGCAGCGCGGGGCCAAAUCAGUGGCCAAGUCACUCCUUCUGCAGGUGCAGCAGCUCCACGCCCAGGCCCUACAGCGCUACCGGGCAGCUUGCCAAGCAGCUGCAGCGGCCAAGCUUCGGCAGACGAUCUCCAAAUGCCAUGCCCUCCUACAAGAGAAGGCACGGCUCCGCGCCUGCCUUCGCAGCCCCGCGGAGGAAAAGCCCGGGAGUUCCACGGAACCAAGCGCUGCUCGGAAGCCGCGGGUCUCGCUCGGCAGGGCCCUCAAUGCCUUCGGCGUGGAGGCCUGCUUCGACGAUGAUUCUCUCUACCGGCCGAGAGGGAACCUCUGA